AUUAGAGCCCUUAGACUGAUAUUCGUGGGCUAUAAAAAGGGACGACCCAAAUAACGCAGAGACCACAAUUCCCAUUUUCCUCAUACUGGACCUAAAGAAACAAUGACCACUACCACUACUGCUUUCUCUUUCUCCUCCUCCUCCUCCUCCUUUGCUGCAGCUCUCGCCUUCUUUCUUCUGCUUGCUUUGAACACUGCUAAUGGCGAUGGAACAUUUGGGGUUCAGCAGCAGCAUUUCUACACUGUUCAGCUCUCCUCGCUGUUUCCUUCCGACUCUUGCAGCCCUGCUCCUUCGACCAAAGGGCUGAACAAGCUGCCAGUGUUCCACAAACAUGGGCCGUGCGCUCAGGCCCAACAACUCGUCACCUCUACCAACCAGCCCAAGCCCACCGCGGACGAAAUCCUCCGCCAGGACGAGUCCAGGGUCCAGAAAAUCCAGUCCAGGUCCAGAAAGGCAGCCGCCGCUGGCGCCGACGACGUCAGGGUGACGGGCUCCACCACCAUCCCGGCCAAGGACGGCAGCACCGUCGGCUCCGGGAACUACAUCGUCACCGUGGGGCUCGGCACCCCGGCGAAGAAACUCUCCCUCAUAUUCGACACCGGAAGUGACGUCACGUGGACGCAAUGCCAGCCGUGCGUACGGUCUUGCUACCAGCAAAAGGAAAAGAUCUUCGACCCUUCCUCCUCCAAAACGUACCGAAACGUUUCGUGCGAGGCCGCCGCCUGCUCCGCCCUCGCUGCCGCCACCGGAAACAGGGGAUGUAGUGCCUCGACGUGCGUGUACGGGAUCCAAUACGGCGACGCGUCGAUCUCCGCCGGAUUCUUCGCCAUCGAGAAACUGACGUUGACCAAAACCGACGUCGUCGACGAAUUCUACUUCGGGUGCGGGCAAAACAACAGAGGGAACUUCGGCGGCGCCGCCGGGCUGCUCGGAUUGGGCCGGAACCAGCUGUCGCUCGUCUCCCAGACCUCCGACAAGUACAAGAAGCUCUUCUCCUACUGCCUCCCUUCCUCCCCCAGCGGCACCGGAUUCCUCACCUUCGGCGGCGCCGCCACCAAAUCGGCGGUGAAAUACACUCCCAUCGCCAGCGUCGCCGGCGGCGACAACUUCUACGGAAUCGGCAUCACGGCCAUCAGCGUCGGCGGCAAGAAGCUCCCCGUCGCCGCCUCCGUCUACUCCGCCGCCGGCGCCAUCAUCGACUCCGGCACCGUCAUCACCCGGCUCCCGCCGGCGGCGUACUCCGCGCUCCGGUCGGCGUUCAGGAAGCAGAUGUCGAAGUACCCAUUGGGCCAGGCGCUGUCGAUCCUCGACACGUGCUACGACCUCAGCAAGUUUAAGACUUUCGCGGUGCCCAAGAUCGGGUUCUUCUUCGCCGGCGGCGCGGAGGUGGACAUCGAUGCCCUCGGGAUUCUGUACGCCAACAAGCCGUCGCAGGUGUGUCUGGCGUUCGCCGGCAAUGGUGGCGCGAAGGACGUGGCGAUAUUCGGGAACGUGCAGCAGCAGACGCUGGAGGUGGUGUACGACGGCGCCGGCGGGAGGAUUGGGUUCGCCAGCGGCGGCUGCAAAUGAGGACUCGGAGCGACGUCGUCUUUUCCCCGGAAUAAUGUCCCUAUUUAAGGUAGUAUUUCGGAAUUGAGAAAUUUUAUAAAUAAUCUGAAUCAUCGAAAAGCUGAUUAAGGUAAUGGCGAAGCAAAUGGAGGAAGAAGGAAAAACUCGAGCUUUACUCGUACUACCGCAAUUUGAUUUCAGGAAUGAUGAAUAUGGAUUUAUGGAUUGUCUUCUUGUUAAUCUAUAUAUUUGGGUUUCGCUUUAUCAUUAUUAUUCGUUAAUUUAUAUUUAUAUUUAAAAUAUUAACUUGAUUCGUUGGUUGGGUGAAUUUUAUUUUAUUUUGAUAAAUCUCUUCAUGUUUUUAAAUAAGUUGAGGUUUCUAAAAUAGUUAAUUCAUUAUUUCAUAGUAAUCUUUUAUGGUAUUUGCUGAUUAUGACAUUACCG